AUGGGAUUGUCUUUCUCCAAGUUGUUCAGUAACCUCUUUGGUAACAAAGAGAUGAGAAUAUUGAUGGUUGGUUUGGAUGCCGCCGGUAAAACCACCAUCUUGUACAAAUUGAAGCUCGGUGAGAUUGUCACCACCAUUCCUACCAUUGGUUUCAACGUCGAGACCGUCGAGUACAAGAACAUCUCUUUCACCGUGUGGGAUGUCGGUGGACAGGACAAGAUCAGACCUUUGUGGAGAUACUACUUCCAGAACACCCAGGGCAUCAUCUUUGUUGUUGACUCCAACGAUAGAGACCGUAUCGCCGAGGCUAGAGAGGAGUUGCAGCAGAUGCUCAACGAGGACGAGUUGAGAGACGCUUUGCUCUUGGUCUUUGCCAACAAGCAGGACUUGCCAAACGCCAUGAACGCUGCCGAGAUUACCGAGAAGUUGGGCUUGCAUUCCAUCAGACAGAGACCUUGGUUCAUCCAGUCCACCUGUGCCACCACCGGUGACGGUUUGUACGAAGGUUUGGAAUGGUUGUCUACCAACUUGAAGAACUCCUCGUAA